CCAAAACCUUUUUUUCUUUGUUUUUCAAUUCACGGUUUUUAUAUAACAGACGACUUUUUUUACCAUUUAUAUUUAAAUUCAGAAUGAGCUUCCUUGCACGCACCUUCAAGCCCGCCGCUGCCUUUGCCCGCGUCUCGCGCCAGGCUGCCACUCGGCUCUACGCAUCCGAGGCCUCCGCAGCUUCCUCGGGAAAGCUGGUUCUUAACUUUGCCCUGCCUCACCAGAUUGUUCUGAGCAGCAAGGAGGUGAACCAGGUGGAUCUUUCGGCCGUUUCCGGCGAUCUCGGUAUUCUUGCCGACCACGUUCCGACCAUCGAGCAGCUCAAGCCCGGCGUCAUCGACAUCAUUGCCGACUCUGGUGCCGAGAAGUACUUUGUCAGCGGUGGAUUCGCCAUCAUGAACCCCAACUCGGUCUUGAACAUCAACGCCAUCGAGGCCUUCAAGCUCGAGGAUAUCGAUGCCCAGGCUGUUGCUUCACAGCUUGCCGAGUCCCAGCGCCUGGCUGCGUCGGCCAAGGAUGAGUUGACCAAGGAGGCUGCUGCUAUUGAGAUCGAGCUGUACGAGGCUAUCCAGACUGCUCUGUCCACCAAGGCCCACUAACUCUGUCUUUCGUUUGUUUGUUUGAAUAUCUGCCAUUUCAAUGC